GUUGCUCAUUAGAUCUCUAUAGAUCAUACUUCUGCUAGUAACUUUUUGCGUGACAUUGCUGGUCAUGUGAUGUCGACAUGAGGGGGCGACCUUCUCCACGUAGAAUAAAACCGCAUUUUCUGAGAGAAUUCAGUCUAUAAAGCAUUUGAUCCAAGUUCUGCUGUCAGCGCGCGCUGUGGACACGACUGGAGACAUGCGCUCGUGGGCUCGCGGGGUCCUGUGGUUGUCAUCUUUUACAAUUGUGUUGUCUAGUUUGCAUCCUGAGUGUGACUAUAUCUUUCAGCUGGCAAGAGAUGAACAGCGGUGUCUCAGAGAGAUCACAGAUCUUGGGAACCUGAGCAGCUCUUCAGGUUGUCUGCCAGUAUGGGAUGCUGUGGUGUGUUGGCCCAGAGCUGCAGUGGGAGAGACGGUCCACUUGCCCUGUCCUGCUGUUUUCUCUCUAUUCAAGAACAACACAGGUAUAGUGAGUCGUAACUGCUCGGCUGGUGGCUGGUCACAUCCAUUCCCUCCUUACCACGAGGCCUGCAUUGUUGAGGAUGAAAUCCCCGAGGAGUCGUAUUUUGCCACUGUGAAACUGAUCUACACUGUUGGUUACGGAGCAUCACUGCUGUCGCUCUCUGUUGCCGUGGUAAUACUGCUGCUCUUCAGGCGAUUACACUGCGCUCGAAACUACAUCCACAUGCAGCUUUUUUUCACCUUCAUCCUGAAAUCGGUGGCUGUGUUUGUCAAAGAUGCUGCGCUGUUCUCCAGUGAUGACACAGAUCACUGCACACUCUCUACAGCGGCCUGUAAGGCGUCGGUGGUGUUUUGUCAUUAUUGCGUCAUGACUAAUUUCUUCUGGUUGCUGGUUGAAGCCGUGUAUCUGAACUCUCUGCUGGUCUCGGCCUUCCCGCGCAGCCGCCGCUGUCUCUGGAGUUUCGCUCUGCUGGGCUGGGGUUUUCCGCUGGUCUGCAUCGUCCUCUGGAUCUGCUCCAGACUGUAUUUUGAGGACACAGAGUGCUGGGACAUAAAUGAAGACUCUCCUUAUUGGUGGAUCAUCAAGGGUCCCAUUGCAGUUUCCAUAGGGGUGAACUUCCUUCUCUUCAUGAACAUAAUCAGGAUUCUGGUGCAGAAACUGAACCCUCGCUUGAUCCAGUUCAACAAUUCAGCUCAGUACAGGCGACUGACCAAGUCCACCCUCCUCCUCAUCCCUCUCUUUGGCACUCAUUACAUGGUCUUCAACUUCCUCCCAGACUACUUCAACGUGAGCCUGCGGCUUUGCAUCGAGCUGUGUCUGGGCUCCUUCCAGGGCCUCAUUGUGGCAGUACUCUACUGUUUUCUGAACCAGGAGGUUCAGAAAGAAAUACGCUUACGUUGGAUGCGAUAUCAUGAAGGAAGUUACGUUGUCGUCCCUGUUGGAGCCAAAGGAAGUCAGAUGGACACUCCAUUCUAGAGUCAUUAAAACUCACCAGUGCCUCUAAUAUACAGACCUCAACACCUCCAGAAAACUGAUCUGAAUGAAACAGUUUUAUUAAAUGCAGAUUGUAUUGCUCAGCUGAUAUGACAACAAAUGGCUUAAAGAGCCAGAAUAUACAGUAUUUGGGCUGCAGUAUAUCUGAGCAUGGCAAAAAUUUGUAUAAAAAAAUGUGAAUACUGGAAUUCAUCAUAGCAAAACUGCUGCUUUUGGGGUGAUUCUGGGUGGAUUUUAUCAAAGUACGUACAUAUAGAGAAAAGCCUAUACAAAUAUACUUUGUUGCCCUUCAAAAUUCAGAUGUUAUAAUAAUUAUAAUAUUUAUUAUUUUGGGGAAAUGUUAAACUCUAAUAAUGUAUCCAAUAAAAGGCAGUAUGGCAGUACGUAUUUAGCUGUAUGUACAUCAGUAUUAACACUUGUAACGAGAAAUACAAAUAUUAAUUGGUAGAUUCAUGGAUUUUUGAGUGAGAUGCAGGUAACUGGACAAGUUGUAAUUCUGUAGAAUUUGUUAACUACAAUUUCUAUUGGCAAAAACAGUGGUUUGAUAUUUCCUUAUCUUUUAUUUAACAAGUUGUUUUGUGUUUCAUAACUGUAUUGCUGUGUACAUUGCUGUGCUGUUUAAUGUCAAGUUCCCAUGGUGUGACAACAUGCCCUGCAAUUUGCUCAUCGUAUGUUCCUGUAUCUCUUUUCCCUGCCAGUAAUGUUCAAAAGCAUCUUUGUAGCAAAGACUGAAAGGUUAUUGAUUAUUUUCUUUUUACAACUUAAAAAUGAUUUAAGUAUUGAAAUGUUGCAGCUAUCCACCUUAAUAAUAAAACAGAGCAGAGAUUGAAAUGCCAAAUGUGUUUAACAGUGGAAUUUGUUCAUGUGUCCAAAGACUGCUGUUGUGUUGCUUUAUAUGUAGCCUUCUAAUUCUCACCAAAUGUGCAUUUAUACUCUAUUGCCUAUAAACAGCUAAUAAAAUCAUUGUAAACUUUUUUUUAUAUAUUGUAUUAUACUGUAUAUUUUCUAGCUGUAAUAGGCCUACGUUAUUUAUUUAUCUGUCUGUUUUCACAUGCUCUCUGAGUGGCCUUAAGUGUAUUAAUGCAUCAAAUCAGAGUGCACAGAGAUGGAAAUAUUACCCAAUUUUAUGCUCUAUCUGUGUAAUGGAUUUUAUCCAUUUUUUAAGCUUUAAUAGUGCAAUUAAGUUGAUGUUGUCACUCAUGUGCUUGCUAUUAUGUGUGUGUACAUGCGUAAGCAAGCUGGCCCAAUGUGUAGGCCUAUACGUGUACCUAUUUUUGAGAUCAAGUCUUGAGUUUUCUGCUUUAAUGUCUACAAUAGAAUUACUUUUUUUAAAAACAGGAAAAAUGUAUACGUAAAAUGGAUUUGUCUGUCAUUAAUAAACACUGACCCCUGCUGGU